UUAAAAAGACAGUUAUCACUUAUGAUCAUUAACAAUCUGUGUUUACUUUCAAAGAUGAACACUGUCAUAUUACUUUUUGCCAACCUUUUCAUCCUCACAGGGUUAUAUUAUUCAACACCUUUCAUGCUUAGGCUUUUUGGACUCAUAGUUUUGUUCAUGUUAUCAAUCUUGGCUGCUUUCCUUGUUCAUUACUUAAAAGAAUUGAUGUCAAAAGAUCACCAGCCGCCAGUGAUAGGCUCGGUUUUCACUAUGUUGAUACACUUUAACCAUCUUUUUGAUUAUAUGACCGAUAUUGCUAAGAAGCACCGAACUUUUCGUUUUGUCACACCAACACAUAGUGAAGUAUAUAUUGCUGAUCCUAUUAAUGUUGAACAUAUUCUUAAAUCCAAUUUCCCAAAUUACACCAAGGGUGAUUACCAUAAAAGCAUAAUGAAAGAUCUUUUUGGAAAUGGGAUUUUCGCAGCAGAUGGAGAUAUUUGGCGUCAUCAAAGAAAACUUGCAAGUUUGGAGUUUUCAACUAAAGUUCUUCGAGAUUUUAGUACUGUUGUCUUUCGGUCCAACACUGCUAAGCUGGUGAAUAAGGUUUCUGAAGCAGUUGUUCAUGAUCAAAUUCUUGAUUUACAGGCUCUAUUGAUGAGAACAACUUUAGAUUCGAUAUUUAAAGUGGGAUUUGGGUUUGAUCUUGAUACUUUAUCAGGUUUAGACGAAACCAGCAAUCGUUUUAUGAUAGCAUUUGAUGAUUCAAAUUGUAUCCUCUAUGGACGAUAUGUUGAUGUGUUAUGGAGGGUGAAAAGGUAUCUCAACGUUGGAUCGGAAGCUGAUCUUAAGAAAAACAUUAGAGUGAUUGACUAUUUUAUGUAUGAACUGAUAGACCUGAAGAGGGAGCAGAUGAAAAAGGGAAAACUUGAGGGAGAUAAAGAUGAUAUAUUAUCAAGAUUUCUUAUCGAAAGUGAGAAGAGUCCUGGGAGUAUGACUGAUGAAUACUUGAGAGACAUAUCACUUAGUUUCAUUAUUGCUGGGAAGGACACGUCUGCAAACACACUCACUUGGUUCUUUUACAUGCUUUGUAAACACACAUUUAUUCAAGAAAAAAUUGCAUUAGAAGUGGAAGAAGCCACUGGAGCAGAGCACACAUAUUCUAUUGAUGAGUUCUCUCACAAAUUAACGGAAACUGCACUUGACAAAAUGCAUUAUCUUCAUGCAGCUUUAACUGAGACUCUCAGACUAUAUCCAGCCGUUCCUCUGGAUGGGAAAUGCUCAGAGAAUGAUGAUAUUCUACCAGAUGGUUUCAAAAUAAAAAAAGGCGAUGGAAUAAGUUACAUGGCAUAUCCAAUGGGAAGGAUGACAUACAUUUGGGGAGAAGAUGCAGAGGAUUUCCGGCCAGAAAGAUGGCUCCAUGAUGGUGUAUUUCAGUCAGAAAGCCCGUUUAAGUUUACUGCAUUUCAGGGUGGGCCAAGGAUAUGUUUAGGGAAGGAAUUUGCAUAUAGACAAAUGAAAAUACUGGCGGCUUUUCUUGUGUUCUUUUUCAAGUUUAAACUGGUGGAUAAGCAUAAAGAAGCUACUUAUAGAACCAUGUUCACCCUUCAUAUGGAUAAAGGGCUCCCCUUACAUGCAUUUCCUCGUUCGAAAGCAUAAUCCAUAUUUUAUGAUUUCAUGCUAAAAAAGUUGCUUGUUUUUAUUUUUCUUUUCUUUUUUAACGGCAAAUUGCUUGUUAUGUAUAUAGGCAUUUAAAUAAGUUGUGCCUGAAUACGAUCUGGUUGUAUGGGUAAGUCAUGUUAGCAUUUUUGCCUUUUUGAACAACUUAAGCCCUAUUACCUGAGCGGAUGUACAGGUUUAGACAUUCGCAGGCCAUUGUUAGUCAUUGAUCUAUAUUAAAAAGGGUAUAUUAAUGUGAACCCCUAGUCCCAUGUACCGCAUUGGUAUAGUAGUAUAUGAAUUUAUUUAUAGUUAGGAUUUAAUGAGUUUGGAAAUGAAUGUAAAACAUAGAACUAUAGAAGAUAGGAUUUGCGUACUACACUUCCUAGUCUGACAUGAACAUAUACCCUAUUAAACGGUCAUGCCCUAUUAAACGAAAUUUGUUUUGAAAGAAACUAAAAUA